CCACCCUCCUCCAGAUCUCGAUGCGCCGCAAGCUCCCCGGCGACGCGCCGCCGUCGGCGUCGGCCGGCGGCGGCUCAGUCCCGUCCGAAGCAGACCUAACUCAGCUCUCCACCGCCAUCUCCGCGGGGGAGGACCUGGGCCCGUUCGUGCGCCGCGCCUUCGCCUGCGGUCGCCCGGAGCCGCUGCUGUCCUCUCUCCGCGCCGUCGCGCGGGACCGCGAGUCCGAGAUCGAGGAGCUCUGCCGCGCGCACUUCCACGACUUCAUCCGCGCCGUCGACGACCUCCGCUCCCUCCUCGCCGACGCCGACGUCCUCAAGGGCUCCCUCUCCACCUCCCACUCCGCUCUCCUCUCCUCUGCCGCGCCGCUGCUAGCCUCGCUCGAGUCCUUCCUCGCCGCGCGCGCGCUAGCCGGGAACCUCUCCUCUGCUCUCGCAUCCUCCCGCCGCUGCGUCCGCCUGCUCGCGCUCGCCGCUCGGGCUAACGACCACCUCCAGGCAGGCAACCACAGCCUCUACCUCGCCCUCCGCGCCGUCGAUGCCAUCGACCUCGACCUUGCCUCUGGCCCCGAGCCGCUGCCUCUUCCCGCCCUCCGCCGAAUGCUGCUCAGCCUCGUUCCCGCGGUGCGCGUCCACGCUGAGCGUGAGAUCUCCAGGGAGUUCGCCGACUGGAUGGUCAGCAUCAGGGCUGCUUCGCGCCACCUUGGACAGGUGGCCAUCAGCCGCUCAGCUGCCACCAGACAGCGCCAGGAGGAGCUCCGCUCCAAGCACCGCCCGCUGGAGGAGUCAAUCACCCUGGACGACGACGGGGCUGGUGAUCUCGACGACUUCGCUGCAGCCACCGCCAUGUCGGAUGUGGCGGAUGGUGCCGCCGCGGCCUCCUUCGACCUCACACAGCUAUACCGAGCCAUGCACAUACACCAGACGCUGGCGCUUGGGGAGCGCUUCAAGAAGUACUACCUGGAGAACAGGAAGCUGCAGCUAACAUCUGACUUUGAUGUCAUUGCAGCAACGCCAUUCCUCGAGUCCCACCAGGUCUUCUUCGCUCAGAUCGCUGGGUUUUUCAUCGUCGAGGACCGUGUGUUUAGGACUGGGGGUGGCCUCACAUCCCGGGCGGAUGUAGAUGCACUCUGGGAGGCUGCAGUGGGGAAGAUGGUCUCUGUGUUGCAAGAUAACUUCUCUCGGAUGCAGACAGCAAACCACUUGCUUCUCAUAACUGAUUAUGCCGCCUUGCUUGCCGCCACUAUGAGGCGAUACAGCUAUCCAGUAGGGAUGCUACUAGAUGUGCUGGCUAAGCACCGAGACAAGUACCAUGACUUGCUGCUUGCUGAUUGCCGUAGACAGGUAGCAGAGGCGCUGGCUGCAGAUAAGUUUGAUCAGAUGCUCAUGAGGAAGGAGUACGAGUAUUCGAUGAACGUGCUUGCUUUCGGGAUUCAGAGCUCUGAUAUCACCCCGGCGUUCCCAUACGUCGCACCCUUUUCAUGCACUGUGCCCGACAUUUGCCGUAUUGUGCGCUCAUUCAUUGAGGACUCUGUCAGCUUCAUGGCACAUGGGGGUGGUGGUGACACAUAUGCAGCGGUCAAGAAGUACCUUGGUCGGAUUCUCUCAGAGGUGGUGGAUGCUUCCAUACAAAAGCUCGUGGAUUCAGGUGGCGGUCUAAGCGUCUCCCAGGCCAUGCAAGUUGCUGCCAACAUGUCUGUCAUGGAGCGUGCAUGCGAGUUCUUUACACGCCAUGCUGCCCAAUUGUGUGGCGUGCCGCUACGUGCAGUGGAGCGUGGGCGCCGUGACUUCCUACUUCGCAAGUCUAGAGAUGCUGCCGAGGCGCUUCUGCUGCGGCUAUUGUGUUCCAAGGUCGAUGAGUUCAUGCAGCUAUCUGAUGGUGUCAACUGGAUCGCUGAUGACCCACCUGCUGGGGGCAAUGAGUAUGCCAAUGAGGUCACUAUCUAUCUUGAGACGCUCACUUCAACUGCGCAGCAGAUCCUUCCUCUUCCUGUGCUCCGCCGUGUUCUUGUUGCAGUGCUUGUGCAUAUCUCUGACAGUAUUAUUGCUCUCUUUUUGAGCGACUCAGUCAAGCGGUUCAGUGCUAACGCAGUUGUCGGUAUAGAUACUGAUCUCAAAAUGUUUGAGACAUUUGUAGAGAGCAUGUCCAGCCUGUUUGUGGACUCUGAUCAGGAUUCCGCAGCAAGUGAAAUGAAGGCUGCAUUGGUGGAAGCGAGGCAGCUGGUGAAUCUUCUUAUGAGCAACAGCCCAGAGAACUUCCUUAACCCAGUGAUUCGUGAGAAGAGCUACAAUAAGCUUGAUUACAAGAAGGUGGCAGCCAUCUCAGAGAAGUUUAGAGAUGCCUCAGAGAGCUAUUUCUCGCAAUUUGGAACUAGGGGUAAUAGGCAGAAUCCAAAGAAGAAAUCUCUGGAUACCCUGAUCAAGAGGCUUAGAGAAGCCAGCUAGUGCUAGUCUCUACCUUGCAGUAAGAUAAUGCAUGCAACCUACUCAUGUUUUGUAUGCAAUUUAGUCUGUAUGUGGUGUGCAUUAUGUGUGUUACAAUCAUUAUUCUUCUAUAUACUAUUUUUUUUUAAAGA